AUGAGUUCACGUCAUCCGGGCGAGAGGCUGUCUUUCAGCAAUGCCCUAUGCACAAUAAGAUACGCUGGCCCUCUGCCUGAUCAGAAGGGAGACUGGCUGGGAGUUGAAUGGGAUGACCCAGAGCGAGGCAAGCAUGACGGUCUGUACAAAGGAACUCGCCUCUUCCACACACUAUCUUCUUCUCCCAACUGUGCAUCCUUCACUCGAGCCACGCGAGUGCCCGAUGAGCCAAGAAGCUUCCUACAAGCGCUGAGGUACAAGUAUGCUGAAGAUGAUCUUGACUAUGCGCCAGUGGGCGCCAACGGGUCAAUUGAGAUCUCAGGUAAGGUAGUGGAAGAGGUUGGCUUUGAGCGUAUCCGACAGCAACAAGCACUUCUUCACCAUCUCAAAAUUGUUAUUCUGGAUGGCCUACGAGUACGUGGAGUUGGUCUCGGAGCAGAUGUCGAACGAGCUCAAGAGGAGAUUACCAGCAUCUGUCCCAAUAUUACCGAGCUGGAUCUGAGUCGCAACCUUUUUGAGCGUUACAAAGAUGUAGCUGAGAUUUGCGCCCCUCUGAAAGAGCUGCGAGUUCUUAAGAUCAGUGGACUACGACUUCUGGAUUUCGACUUGGAUGGUUCAUCUGCUUUCCCCAAAGUGGAAGAACUUCAUCUGGAUGACAGCCUGCUGAGCCCAGAACAGAUACUGCGUAUGCUUACCAGGCGGAAUAAGGACGGGUCAAUAGACCUACUGUUUCCAUCCCUCAAAUCGUUGUCCGUUGCUGGAAACAACCUGUCCACCUUCUUUGCGCCUACACCGCCGUCAGUUUCCAUCGUACUCACGACCGUUAAAACCCUAGUCAUGGACAUGAACACUUUCACAUCCCUUGUGCCGCUCUGCAUCUCUCUAAUCCCACUGUUCCCCACUCUAACCACACUAUCGCUACAGCACAAUAAGAUCUCAACAUUCAACUCCUCUACCUCAACUACAGAUCAGCCAACACCUCUCUAUCCGUCAAUCACCACUCUCAACCUCUCUCACAACGCCAUCACUGACUCCAGAGUCGUCUCGUCUUUACCUGAACUCUUCCCAAACCUGACAUCCCUCCAAGUAUCAGACAAUCCCUUCUUCUCAAAUCUGACGUCCAGAACCACCCAUGGAAUCGAAGAUGCCGCAUUCCUAAUCACUGUCGCCCGUCUCCCAACCCUUACAAUGUUAAACUAUACCUCCAUCACUGAAAAAGACAGAAUGGACGGGGAGCUGUACUACCUCAGUGUGGCAGAAAAAGAAAUCCAGAAAGCUCUUCAAAAUACGCAAUCCACGACUAACAAUGACUUCAGAAGAUCUCUGCAAGACUGGGCCAGAUACAUCGAAUUAUGCGACAAAUACGACCGGGUACAUAUCGUUGGAAGGUCGAUUGCUGCUCAGAGCGCUCAUUCACCUAAAGAUACUGUCCCUGCAGAUGCUGUCAGCGCAGCAAGCUACAGACCACCAAAGUACCCACCCAACACCCUCGGCGCACAACUCGUCACCCUCACCUUCCGGCUUCAAACCCCUUCUAAAAACGAACCCCCAACCACCACUGACACCAUCCCGCACUCUCCCACCCCAGAAUCGGUAACCCUCACCCUCCCCCGCACCCUCGACGUCUACCGCGUAAAAUCCCUGUUGUUGCGCAAGAUCGGUCGGGAAUGGAACCUCAAACCGCUAGAGUUCACCUUCGAAAUCGUUCAAGAUGCUGGUGAGCAAGUGGAAGAGAUUCCAGACUCGACGAGGAGGAUUGGCGAUUGGAUUCCUGAGAGUGUUGGCGAUGUUGUGCUGAAGGUGAGGCCGCGACCUGCUGUUUCGGUGAUGGAGGAUGCGAUUGGGAGCAUGGCUUUGGAGAGGUUGAAGGGCGUGGUGGCUGUGUGA